CUGAGUGACGCAAUUCGUACAAAUAUUUAUAGGAUGAUAAUCUGUAUAUCAAGAAGGCAACGAUCUGUAAAUGAUCCUAGUUACGACUUACAGAGACAGACUACAGUUGGGCAGUGGUUCUAUCACUUGUCAACAUUCGUGUUAUUUGUUUUUGUUCUGUUUUGUUUAAUAGUUUAGUAUAUUGUCAGUUGAUUUUUUUCCCUUUUUAUUUAAAUCGCUAGUCAAAAUAACAUUUCAGUUAAUAAUGUUACAAUUACUUUUGUCCAUUUAAUAAUUAAUUUGGCACGAAAUUACACCCUUGUUUGUAACUAAAUAUCUAGGAGUUUAUAAUAUACAGAAAUUACCUUAUUUCUGAAAGUUUAAGCAGUUCGUCAACAUGUGCAUCUUGUCUAACAUCACAGAAUAAGAUUUCUAUUUUUAGCAUCAAUAAUCACCGAUUUCUCAUUAAGUUUGGCACUGAUAACCCCAAUAUUUGCUUAUCAUUAUCAGUUUUUUUAAAAUAUAGUUUAAAUUGGAAAAAUGUCCGAUCCCGAAUUUCCUGCAAAACACACGACAACAACUGUAACGACAUCAAACACAAAUGUUCAAACAAACAUAAGAUAUGACCCAUUGUAUGCACGGACACUACCAGGGUUGUUAAAAUGCUUUCAACUGGUUGUUGAUGCAAUAGUAUUUAUAUCUGUAUCUUGUUCAAAAUUUUCUGCACAGUCUUUUAUGUCAUUUAUGAGUGCCAUCUGUGGUUUUGGCUUCUGGUUUACUGGGAUUCUAAUGAUGUUCUACACUUUUCAUAUCAUCGAGAAAUUUUACAAAGUACCAUGGCUAAAAAUAGAGCUUGUUUAUUGUGCACUAUGGUCUCUAUUUCUCAUGAUUGGCUCUACUGUUUGUGCUCCAAACCUUAGCGCAGAUGUUACAAUUGGCUUUGUUUCGUUCUUUGGCUACCUAAAUAUGUGCGCAUAUGGAUAUGAUGCUUUUCUGAAGUUCAGGGGUGUCCAGGAUGGAGAAAUUGCCCAGGGUACAAGAGAGGUAACUUCAAAGACAACAUCAAAUCAAGAUAACACAGUUGCAUAUUAGUAAUAAUUUGCAAUUUUAUUUUAUUUUAAUGUAAUUUAAUUUUUUUUUUAAAUAUUUAAAAUCCCUCUACUAUAUUUUUGUGUGUACUUUAAAAAGACUAAUGUAAUAACAUAAAAUGACAAAAUUAAUUUAGCUUAUGCACCACCAAAUUUUACAAGUUAAAAAAAAAAUUAUUAUAGGCUUAAGCAAAGGUUUGCUUUGUGUACGUGUAGCUAGCAAUAUUUAUUUAAAUAGGUUACAACAAAGGUACUCGAAAUGUCCUUGUGAAUCAUACUGGGAUUUGAUGUUUACCUUUUAUAUAUUUGUUGUAUCACCACCUAUUAACCAUGCUUAAUAACUCCCCACCCCACCCUUUAUAAAGAAAUUCGAGAUAGCUAUAGAAAGGCCAUGAUAAAAAUAUGAGCUUAAAAUUUGUUUUAUUAUAAGAAUGCUAAAAUAUAAGUGAAAAUGCCAGUCAGCACUGUAUUUGUGUUAUGUGAUACUACUUAAACAUUAUUGAAAAAAACGUAUAAAAUACGUUAUGC